AAAAAAAUGUAUGGAGGAGGAUAUCCCAACAACCACCAACAUUUUAUUCCUCCACCUCCAUCACCUUUAAUGGCUAUGGAUUUGGUAAUGUUUGGUAAUCAAAACAAUUCAUUACCUCAACAAUACCCACCCUCUAUUCAACAACAAAAUCAAAAACCAAUUUCCUCAAAUUUAGAAAAAAGCCAACAACAGGCAAACGGCCAACAAAAUAAUUUGUGCAAGAAAAUACUUUGCUUGCAGAUAAUUGUUUUGUUGCUUGUUUUGUUAAUUAUUGCUGGGCUGGUUGCUUAUUUUAUAUUUAAAGAAAAGGAUUUAUUUUUUAAUGGAAAAGAAGGGAAAAUGAAUGGAAAUGGAACUAAAACAAAUUAA